GUACCCGCUCCCCAAUAUCUCCGAUAUUCUCGACCAGCUAGGAUGUGCAAAGUACUUCUCUGUUCUUGAUUUAGCCUCCGGUUUUCAUCAGAUACCUAUGGCACCUAAAGACGCACAUAAAACAGCUUUUUCGACUCCCCACGGACAUUAUCAAUUCAAACGGAUGCCGUUUGGUCUUAAAAAUGCACCUUCCACUUUUCAGAGAUUAAUGGAUACCGUACUCUCCGGAUUACAAGGAAACGAACUUUUUGUAUAUAUGGACGAUAUAGUUAUAUACGCUAAAUCGUUAAAAGAACACGAAUUAAAAUUUAAUCGAUUAAUGCAACGACUACGGGAAGCAAAUCUGCGAUUGCAACCAGAUAAAUGCGAAUUUUUACGACGUGAAGUCGCCUAUUUAGGCCAUAUAAUAUGCUCCGAUGGAGUAAGACCAGAUCCUAAUAAAAUACAAUCCGUUUCCGCAUUUCCCACACCUCGAAACGCUAAGAAUAUCAAACAAUUUUUGGGACUUGCCGGAUAUUAUCGAAGGUUUAUUCCAAAUUUUUCAAAAAUAGCAAAACCGUUAACUGAUCUUCUAAAGAAGGACGCGAAAUUUAGCUGGGGAUCGGCACACGACGAAGCAUUUGAAACGUUGAAAGACUCUCUAUGUUCCGCGCCGAUACUUCAAUAUCCGGACUUUGAGAAACCAUUCAACCUCACCACCGACGCGUCUGGAUACGCUGUUGGGGGAAUACUCAGUCAGGGAAUUAUUGGAAAAGAUUUACCAAUUUCCUACACGUCUCGUAUACUAAAUAAAGCCGAGCAAAAUUAUUCUACGAUCGAAAAGGAAUGCCUAGCGAUCAUUUAUUGUGUAAACCAUUUUCGACCUUAUCUUUACGGUAAAAAAUUUACUAUAAUAACAGACCAUAAACCCCUAGUAUGGUUGCAUUCUAUCAAAGACCCUUCCUCACGUUUAUGGAAGUGGCGCACAAAAUUGUCAGAAUACGAAUACGAUAUACAAUAUAAAAAGGGAAAGUUAAACUGCAAUGCAGAUGCAUUAUCGAGAAACCCUCCAACCACUUCCACCUUACCAUUAAGAACUAUUGACGAAACAGACGAGUCAUCAGACGAAUCCUUGUUUUCAUUUCCCAAUAAAAAAAGAAAGAACGCUAUGACGUGGGUACCAAAUGAAAUUAGCGAUGAAAGAGAGACAUCGGUACCGCGCUCAAAUGAUAUGCAAAUUGCUUUGCCUAGACCGGUCACGCCUAGCGUAACUAUAGAAGAAUAUGACGAACUGAGUGACGAUGACAGUAAUCACUUUGACGAGAAUGACGAAGUGAGUGAAGCUAGCGAAGCAAAUGAAUCCAGUCAUUUAUACGAAGAAAUAUUCGAUUCCAAUCAAGUGCCAUAUGAAACAGAAGCUACAAGGGAGCCGAGUAACGAUCAAUUAAUCGUAAAGGAAACCCGCGACGGUUUAUUACACACUCUAGAUAAUCACGUAAUUUUUAUAUACAUGAAUGGGAGACCUUAUGAUAGUGGUGCUAAAGAAUAUCAGGAAAACAACCUGUUACCUGAUUAUCAAAAUUUGACUUAUGAAAGAGCCGCUGUAAGAAAUAUUAAAGGGAAAUACGUACUAAUCGCUCUACCUAUAAAAUAUAACGAUCGAACGCGUUUAGAACCGCAAACACUUAACUCUUGCUUGCAGUCUUUAGUCGAUGUAGUGCAAGAAUUACAACUCACAUCUCUCUGUUUUAAUCAAACCGAUCCUUUUGACGAUUUACCUUGGCAUUAUGUUUUUAAACGAAUUAAAGCGCAUUUACAAAAUUUGAAUGUCCAAUUAACCAUUUGCAAAAAUGCUACUCGGACUCCAGAACCGCAAGAUCGCGAAGCUCUUAUCACCGAAAAUCACGCAUCAGCUUGCGGAGGACACAAAGGAGUAACAAAGACAUAUAAUCGCUUAAGAACAAAUUAUUAUUGGAGUUCCAUGAAAAAAGAUAUACAGAAAUUUAUUCAACAGUGUAGGCAAUGUCAAUUAAAGAAAUUAACGCGAGUUAAAACGAAACAACCAAUGAUAAUCACAGACACUCCAGGUAAUGCUUUUGAUAAAGUUUCUCUCGACAUUAUGGGACCUCUUCCCUUAACCCACAACGGAAAUCGAUAUAUUCUCACUAUGCAAGAUUUGUUAACUAAAUAUUCGGUAGCUAUACCUUUGAGGGAAGCAACCUCCUUGUCUAUAGCUGACGCCUUUACUAAAAAUUUUAUCUGUGUAUACAGCGCACCUAAAACGAUCUUAACGGAUCAAGGGACUAACUUUCUUUCUGCUCUUAUGAGGAAUCUUACUAAAAAAUUUAAUAUCCAACAUUUUAAAACAACCGCUUAUCAUCCGCAAUCCAACGGUUCCUUAGAAAGAUCGCAUCAUGUCUUAAUGGAAUAUCUAAAAACGCAAGUCGAUAAAGAGGAAAAUUGGGACGAUUAUAUUGAAUUGGCUAUGUUUUCUUAUAAUACUAGUACCCAUGAGGGAACCAAAUAUUCACCCUUUGAAUUGGUCUUCGGACGAUUAGCCCGAAUGCCUUCUGCUCAUACAUAUAUCGAAGAAAAUUUGGAACUAACGUAUCAAGAUUAUCUGACAAAUUUGUUUAAUCAAUUACACGACAUGCAAAAUAGUGCUCGAGCUAGUCUUAUUAAGGCUAAGGAGAGAAGUAAACAUUAUUACGACAAACAUGUCAACCCUCAAAAUUUCGAAGUCGGAACCUAUGUAUUUUUACUCAAGGAACCUCAGAAGGGAAAAUUCUCCGCGCAAUAUAUCAGGCCCUAUCAGAUCGUUGAAGUGCUCGACAAUCAUAAUGUGAAGAUUUCGAUUAACAAUCGUAAUCGCACCGUUCAUACAGAUAAGUUAAAAACCGCACAUAUUGACCCUGGAUGACAAUUAAUAUAAUUUUGAUGUGUUCACAGGUAUGGUGGCAUCUGCUCCGCCAUUAUAAGGCAUGCCUACGUGCACCGCCAUCUUCCUCUCUUGAAUCCCAUUGGCGCUGCAAGACCAAGCCAGCGUGGGAACUUCCGACGCGAAACCUGAUCACCUUCCUUUUUCUUCUCCUUUUCUCUCCUCGUCACUCCUUGACGCGGACGAACGAUCAAAAAUAUGUAAUUAAUCGAUGGGUAACUCUAAACCUCAACCCCAUCCCGCUUACAACAAACCACUUCCACGAAUUCCUAUCGAAUCUACCCGAAGAUUCGGUUGGUGCUGCAAAAUCGAAGGAUAUGUAAGCAAGCGAGUGCCGCUCUGCAAGAACUGUUAUUAUAACUUAAAAGAAGAAACAAUUAUCGAGUCUUACAAACCUAUACGCGUGCACUUCGUUCUCGACGGUUUUGAACAAUUAAGUUGCCGAUGCUCUUCUUGCUCUAAAGAAAUUUUCAUUCAAACCGCAUUUUUCUAUGGUGAAAUUUGCAUACUGGAGCACCAGCAAUUUAUAGCUAAUUCUUGGGAAACUGAACGCCGACUCGACGAAUUCAAACUAAUUGUAAUUUCGCACGGCGUCAAUGAUAUCGAAAUAAUAGACGGACUUGACGGCCCACGCCUUGCAAUCAUUCAUUGACUCAUGGGGGGGCCCGAACGAUAAAAUUAACCCUUACAGUCUUAACGGCAAGGAGCGCGCAUACUGUAUAAAAUCAGUUAUCAGAUAUUUUGAUACUAACGCUAUUUGCGAACCUUGUUCGAGGAUUCACAACGCAUCCUCUUUGUUCCGCUCCGACACUCAUAAGCUUGUGGAAGGAUACCUGCCUCAGGUUCACUGCUCAUAUUGUGACCUCCUGUAGAAUAUCCAGAGUAAAAUAUUCUCAAUGAGUUCCAAUCGAAGACAACAGAAAGAUCCGAUGCACCGGAUUAUUCCAGAAUUAUAUAGAAUCAAGUGCGUUCAAGGUUUAAGAUACCAUUGUAAAACUCAUGAUCUAGUUAUUUGCGAGACUUGCUUCGAACUUUUAAAACCUCCAAAUUUCGUGCCUAUGAACAAUCACGGAUUUCUGGAUGGAACAGUAGAGUGGGAACAUUGUAUGUAUUGUUUAUCCCCACUCAUAAAAGCACGACCUUUGAUAGAUUGCGAUAAAUGUUUAGUAGAAUACUUUCGUUGCGCAAUACGUUUUCACGGUCUCGAUAUUGCAUGGAAUAGAGUUCGACUUCUUUUGUACGACGUAAAUUGCAAAACGAUCGUGUGGGUUAAAUUACGACCACGCAAUGUCAACCAUGUCGAACCAAUCCACCUCACAUGCACCAACUCAUGCACUUUUUGAUAAAAAUCAGCUUUAUUGUGUCCAUACAGCUAUGUACAUCUCCCACAGAGGACACCUCUGUGAAACUGUAGAAAUCGUGACUGGAAGCUCGCAUUUAGGCUCACCAUGUCACGCUGGCAUGAAUUAGUGUAUGGCGAUACAAUACUUUUACGUUGCGUUGAUUGCAGAAGUCCGCUAGUAAGACGGCGACUUAUUGCAACUUGCUAUGAAUGUACUAACAACUACCCAAACUAUCUUGUCGAACUCGAGGGAAGAUGUAGAGCAAGAAACAUUACCUUUGACGAAGU